AUGUUCAUGUUGCAUUCAAUCAACUCGGCUCUACGCUCCCUCAGUCGACAGACGCACGAAGAACCAUGUCCGGAAAGCUCUGCGAGCAUAGAGGGCGAAUCACAGCCCCAAGGAAGUCGACCAUCCGCGGAAGAGGCGCCUAGUAUCAUAUACGGCACAGCUUGGAAAGGGGAACAUACAGACCGAUGUGUCACCCAGGCCGUGACGGCUGGUUUCAGAGCCUUUGACACCGCGGCCCAGCCGGCUCACUACAGAGAGGAUCUAAUCCAAACCAAGUACACACCUCCCGCGUCCCAAGACCCCGAAAACAUGCCGUACAGCCCAGACAUGACCAUCACGGAGCAGGUCCGGGCCUCCGUCUUAUCCUCCCUCCACAACCUCCGCGUAGGCACCCCAGACGAGGCGGCCUACCUCGAUGCUGUGCUCCUGCACACCCCCUUCCCGUCGCGCGAGCACACCCUCGAGGCAUGGCGCGCUCUCGAAGAGUUCGUGCCGCAUCGGGUACCAUCACUCGGCGUAUCCAACAUCAGCUACGGGCAGCUGGAGCACCUAGGCCAACGGGCCAGGAUCAAGCCGGGCAUCGUGCAGAACCGGCUGCGUGCCAAAACCGGGUACGAUAAGGAGCUGCGGCAGCUAUGUGCGUUGAACGGGUGUCAAUACCAGGCCUAUGGGGUGCUGGGGUCGAACCGGGAUCUCAUAGCCUGCAGGCCGGUCUUAGAGUUCGCGGCAGAGGUUGGAGUAGAUGCGGCGGUUUCCCUGUUCUUCCUGUUGCAGCAGACGUUGGGGGUCUGUAUACUGGCUGGUACAGCACAGACGGAGCGGAUGGGCGGUAGCAUUGGAGGGCUGGCUAGGGUGGAAUCGUGGCUGCGUGAUAAGAAGAACGCGCAUGCAUGGGAUGCAUUGAGUGGUGGGUUUAUCUCGGAAUUGCAGGGCUAUAUGUAG